AUGAAGACUUCGCUCGAAUGCGAUCGGGCAGAGGCCGCGGACAGCGGCGGCAAAGGACGGAUAUCCUUCAGCGUGGACUCUCUCCUGGGCAGCAGGACUGACGCGCCAAAAGAAGCAGUAGACACGAGCAGCGUCGACGAGAGCGCAAUAGAAACUGACGACAGCGACGUGGACAUAGAAGAUGUCGAGUCCAACGCUGGCGACGAGAGGGACGACCGAGAAAGCCACAAUGACGGAGAGGAAAUGGAGAGUAGAGGAGUGGUUGUCCCGCAACCCCUGCUGCCGCGGCUGUACCAGGGCCCGGCACCGCCGGCUUGGCCCUUCGGUGCCUUCCCGUGGAUGGCGCCUAACCCGAUGUUCAGAGCCGGCUCACCCAACAGUAAGUCGCACUGGAAGGGUAUCUUCCGCUUCCAGAAC